AUGAUCGGCAAUAAAUGCAAGAUCGAAGCAUCCAUAGCCGAGGCAGUCCUGAACGUGGAGGUGGCAAACUUCACCACUAAGCACUAUGAUCCCAACAUUCCCACAAAGCACAACCCGGUCCUCCGUUACAAUGCCGCCAACAAUGAAGAUGUACCCAAGCUUAGCAUCUUCAUAGGGCUUGGCGGCAAGUCAAGUGGCUCGAAGCCGUACACAACGAAUUUACAUGAGCGGGAGUUGAUCCACUCAUAUGUCUUGAACACCAUGGUGGAAGUGAAGCCGUACAUCAAACAAUUCACGGCUAAAUAUUGGAGGUAUACCCACAGGGAUCCUACCUCGGAAGAAUCCAAGGAUAUUUUCGAUAAGGGCGGCGGUCACGGUUUCAGUAGCUGGUUCUGUGGUUUGGCAAGAACUGACAAAGACAUGAAUCCCUUGCUACGAAAAAUUGCUAGGGGCUUCAACCAUUCCGUCGACUCGUUCAAUUCUUAUGACGUGAACGGGUAUCGCUUCCAGACCCAUCAAUACACAACAAGCCGUCCAAACAAGAAGACAAUAAAUAGCGGGGUGGUAUGUCAAGGUGAUGAUGGACUCCAUUACUAUGGAAGAGUCGAGGGUAUAUACGAGCUGAAUUACGGGUUUGACAAAGGGCUAAAUCCCGUCGUAUUCAAAUGCCAUUGGUUCGACCCACGUCGCGUGAGACGGGAUCCUGAAAUUGGAUUGGUCGAAGUUGAAAGAAGCUCUGUUUAUAAGGGAGAGGACGUGUACAUUUUGGCCACCCAAGCCUUCCAAGUAUUCUAUCUCCCGUACGCGUGCCGAAACCCGACCAAACGUCUACAUGGAUGGGAUGUUGUGAUGACGGUUCCUUCACGCAUUAGGCCACCCCCGCCAAACAAGGACGAUUACCGCCGCGUAGACCCCUCAACAAGGACUGUUGAUUUUUAUCAAGAAGAAGGGCUCCCCGGUCAUUUCACUAUCGACUUGUCGGCCGUUGUUGAUAACAUGGUCGUAGACGAUGAGCAAGAAGAAGAUGCGGUUAUGGAGGAAGACAAUGAAGAAUAUGAAGCUGAGGAUGUGUGUGCCGUAGAAGACCUAAGUUUGCUCGAGGCGUUCAAAGCGAGGCAUUGA